CGCCAGUGGCCAUCUUGUAGGCGGGGACGCGCCGAGGUGAGUUCCAGGGCGCGUCUUCGCUGUCUUCUCCAAGCUGUAGUUCUACGUCCCGACCUCCCUGUCAUACCACACUCUUCAGCGACCACGCAGGCACUUUCCCGGUCCCCAGGUGAGCUCCAGGUGGCUCCGACGCGCGUGUAUGAGGGGGGUGGCAUGGCAUGGCAUGGUUUGCAGGCGCCAGAGCCAGACCCCGAGGGACCGUGUCCCUGGAAGGUGGGCGGGCCGGCCGGCGCCACUGGACGCCGAUGUCGUUUGCGAGCCCCCUAGUCCCCUGGUCCAGGCGCAGCUGUGGCGGCGUGCGGGGUGCAGCAGGCAGGAGUGCAUAUCGCAAGUAUACCAUAAUUGAAGAAAAAUGAUGGAAGAGAGUGGAAUAGAGACAACACCACCUGGGACUCCUCCACCAAAUCCUGCAGGGCUGGCUGCUACUGCUAUGUCUUCUACCCCUGUUCCAUUAGCGGCAACCAGUUCUUUUUCUUCUCCAAACGUAUCCUCCAUGGAGUCCUUCCCACCACUCGCAUACUCUACUCCUCAGUCGCCCCUUCCUCCUGUGAGGCCUUCAGCGCCAUUACCUUUUGUGCCUCCUCCUGCAGUUCCUUCUGUCCCACAACUUGUUACUUCUAUGCCACCUCCUGUUUCUCCAUCAACUGCUGCUACCUUUGGUAAUCCUCCUGUAUCUCACUUCCCACCUUCAACUUCUGCCCCAAACACUCUCUUACCUGCACCCCCUUCGGGUCCUCCUAUAUCAGGAUUUUCUGUUGGUUCAACUUAUGACAUUACAAGGGGACAUGCAGGGAGAGCUCCCCAGACACCCCUGAUGCCAUCAUUUUCUGCACCUUCAGGAACAGGUCUUUUGCCAACUCCUAUUACUCAGCAAGCCAGUUUGACAUCUCUGGCACAGGGAACUGGAACCACAUCAGCCAUUACUUUCCCAGAGGAGCAAGAAGACCCUAGAAUUAAUAGAGGUCAGGAUGAAGCAUCUGCUGGUGGAAUCUGGGGUUUUAUUAAGGGUGUGGCUGGGAAUCCUAUGGUGAAGUCUGUGCUUGAUAAGACAAAACAUUCAGUAGAAAGCAUGAUUACAACGCUGGACCCUGGCAUGGCUCCCUAUAUCAAAUCUGGAGGUGAAUUGGAUAUUGUAGUGACCUCAAAUAAAGAAGUAAAAGUUGCUGCUGUCCGAGAUGCCUUCCAGGAGGUCUUUGGCUUAGCUGUGGUUGUAGGGGAAGCUGGACAGUCCAAUAUUGCCCCACAACCAGUGGGCUAUGCAGCUGGAUUAAAAGGUGCUCAGGAACGGAUAGAUAGCUUGCGUCGAACCGGGGUGAUCCAUGAAAAACAGACAGCUGUGUCAGUAGAAAACUUCAUUGCAGAAUUGCUGCCUGACAAAUGGUUUGACAUUGGUUGUUUGGUGGUUGAAGAUCCUGUCCAUGGCAUUCAUCUAGAAACAUUUACACAAGCCACACCAGUGCCUUUGGAAUUUGUACAGCAGGCUCAAAGUCUAACUCCCCAGGACUACAAUCUGAGGUGGUCAGGCCUUUUGGUGACAGUGGGUGAAGUCCUGGAAAAGAGUUUACUGAAUGUCAGCCGGACUGAUUGGCACAUGACAUUUACUGGGAUGUCUCGUCGGCAGAUGAUCUACAGUGCAGCCAGAGCAAUAGCAGGCAUGUAUAAACAGCGCCUGCCACCCAGGACAGUGUGAGAGGAGACUUACCUAGGAGACUGAGACUUUCCUCCACUUUUAGCUUGAUGUUAAAGAAGUGGUUGUACCUUCCUAAAUCAAAUAGUCUAAAUGAAUCCAGUAGUUUUUAUCAUUUUCCUGUAGGCUGCAAUUUUUCUUUUUCUAGAAAGGCAUUGUGUCAUUCCAGGAGACAAAAAGAAACAAAUCCUUUUUAUAGUCAUACCAUUUCACCUAUCAUAGUACUCAAAAAAGAAAAUAUACAAAUCUAUUUAUAGCACAAUUUAAUAUACCAGAUUUAUAAGGUGGAAAUUCAUGUGCAGAGACAUUUAACUUAAUGCCAUGUACUUGAUUAUUUUGUUCUUUAAAGAAGACAUUAUUAAAGAACAUGUUCGUUGAAUGUUUAUAAAAGCAUGAUUUGCUUUGGCUUCAUCUCUUUUCUGUCAGUCUUUGACUACUUUUGUACGUGCACACAAUCUCAGGGCUGGUGCUGAGCAGCCUGCUCAACAGUCAGUAUAAGACACCUACUUGUCGGGAGAUGUUCCACAUUUCUGUGCAUGUUUUCAGUAAUAUGGGCCAAAAUAAUGGAAUUGAUCAUUUUCUUUUUUGGCCAUCACGUACACAUAUAAUCUGGAAAAUCAUACCUUUUUCAAUUUUAAGCAUAACUUUUGGCAUUUCCCAGAUUUAUACUAUGAACAUUGGGGUAAUACAUUUUAUUUUUUCAUUGCUAUAUGACAGCUAAGGGGCACAUGAUUCAAGUAUAUUUUAAAUCAGAAGUAUUCAAGUUAUUUUUGUAUAAUACUGUUCAGUACUUCCAAGAAUAAGCUCUGACAACAGCCAUUGUUUCUGCUUCCACUCAUAUUCUCUACACAUUGUAAUAGAGAAAUUUUUGAGAGGUGGUGACUUUAUUGCUUGUGGGAUAUAGUAUGUCUCUUCAAUUAAGGUUACUUAUUUGGUUUGCCUUAAGCAUUACUUUUUUAACUUUGCGCCAUUUGUUCUUUACUUUUUAUGGAUGUUUUCAAAGAAACUAUUUUAUAUUCAAUCUAGUUUAUUUAGUCUAUUGUAUUUCUAUUUAGUGGAAGCCUUUUCCCCUCAAAUAAUAUAUUUUAUCAUUUUUGGACUUAGAUAAAUCAUAAUUAAAUAAAUUUUUUUCUUAAUACUGUUGAACUUUGUAUAUACAAGUUCAAAUAACUUUUUCGAAGAUAGUUUCUUAUAAAAAUGUAAUUUAAUUUUUUUACUCUUCUAUACAGUUCUUUAGAUGUAAAAGAGUUAGCACAAUCUCUGGCAGUUUUAUAAAAGCUGUUGAAGCUCUUGUCCUGCACUGUCUUUAGGUAUCAUAGGUAUCAGGUUUGCUUUGUGUUAAUGCCACUUCAAGUCAUUAUUUGGUUUCUGCUCUUUUUUUACCUGAGGAUAAGAAGAAUGAAUAUUAAAUUUGAAUAUUAAAUAUAUGUUACUUUCCAAGCACUGUAUAAUGACUGUUCAGUGAAUAUCAGACUUCCGUGUCAUUAAAAGUCAUGAGAGACAGCACAGAGAGGUUACAGGUUGCCUUGGUGUACUUUUGUCCAGGAGUAACAGGGACAGAAUACUUUCCUUCCUUCAAGUACAAGAAGGCUUUCUCUACCAUUUGCUUCUACACUUUAUUUUAAAAGCUGUCCUUUUCUAGUAGUAUUUUAUCACGGCAAUGGCAUGAUGACAAAAACAGUCUUUCAUUACAGACUGAAGGGAAGCAUAUCCUUACUUAAAAUAGUUCUGCUACUUUCCCUAUUAUAAGGAAAUUUUUACAGAUUCUAAAAAUAUCUUAAUUUUUCUUUGAUUUUUAUUUUACCAAGUCACAAAUGUCUUUUUGAUGUUUUGAGAAUUGUUCUCAUAGAAUCAUAAAUAUUGACAUUUCAUUAGAUGAUUAUUUUCCUAGAAUCCCCAAAGAGCAGUGGCAGAGUUAUUCCGUGGCUUGGUUGAAGCUAGAAAUUUUCCUGCCCCUGGUGACCUGGUAAGCCUUCUGCUCGGAACAGUGUGAGUGGGUGAGGAAGUUGAGAGACGGUCAGAUGGAAGAGAGAAAUACAUGAACUGGUCUGGCCUCUCUGUUUCGGUUUUUGGCCCAGAGUUUUUGAAAAGCAGCAGAGCAUGACUGACUUCACAUGCUCAGCUUUCUCAGCCUUUUGUUUAUUUUGUUGUCGUUAGAUUUCCCUGUUGUAAAAGGGGCAAGAAAAGUAACUCAUCGUCUCUAACACACCAUGGCAGCUUAGCCAGGUAGUCUUAGUGGUGGUGUUUAGGCAUAAGAUAUGCUGAUCAUCAGUCUCAGACCACAGUUUCCUUCACUAAUCAUCCAGCUUGAGUGUUCUGUUCUCUUCCUGCCCAUUUCCUUGAACCUCCUGCUCUAGCCUUGGCGGAGGGAGAGUACUAUUUGCUUUUGUUCUCCCUCUGUCUUAGGAAAAGCCAUCUUUAAUACAGUUCUUCACCACUGCUGGGGUUGUUUUGUGAUUUUUUUUUUCUUCCGAAGAACUCCUGGUUGUUAUUGAAUUUUGUAUUUUAAUCCAAAUUAUUGAAUUUUAUAAGCUUGUACACAUAAUAUUUAAUUAGUGUGACAGGAAACAAAGAAUGCAGGAAAAAAAUUUAAUAUCAAUCUCAGUUGACAAGGUGUUCAGAUUAUUCAAUUCGGGAUCCUCCUUUUGUUAGGUUUUUGAGACAGCCCUAGACCUAAACUGUGUCACAGACUUCUGGCAGUGCUAGUAAUUUCCUCUUAACGAUUCUGUUGUUAUUACUUUCUCAUUCUUUGUUCCUCUUUCUUCUGAAGAUUCAUGAAGUUGAAAAUUGAGGUGGAUAAAUACAGACAAAAAGAUAGUGUGAUAGUAUAAGUAUCUAAGAGUGCAGAUGAAAGUGUGUUAUAUACAUCCAUUCAAAAUUAUGCAAGUUAGUCAUUACUCAGGGUUAACUAAAUUACUUUAAUAUGCUGUUGAAUCUACUCUGUUCCUUGGCUAGAAAAAAUUAUAAACAGGACUUUGUAGUUUGGGAAGCCAAAUUGAUAAUAUUCUGUGUUCUAAAAGUUGGGCUAUACAUAAAUUAUUAAGAAAUAUGGAUUUUUAUUCCCAGGAUAUGGUGUUCAUUUUAUGAUAUUAUGCAGGAUGAUGUAUUGGGUAAAAUCAGUUUUGUAAGUAUGUAAAUAUGUCAUAAAUAAACAAUGCUUUGACUUA